AUGGGGCGGAGAGUGGCCAUCGUGGGAGCCGGUGUCAGUGGCUUGGCUGCCAUCAGGAGCUGUCUGGAGGAGGGGCUGGAGCCCAUCUGCUUCGAGAGGAGCGAUGACGUGGGUGGCCUGUGGAAGUUCUCGGAACGUGUGGAGGAGGGCAGGGCGAGCAUCUACCCAUCAGUCUUUGCAAACUCUUCCAAGGAGAUGAUGUGCUUUCCAGACUUCCCCUAUCCUGAGGACUUCCCCGUCUUCAUGCACAACCACAAGCUACAGGAAUACAUCACCUCAUUUGCCAGAGAAAAGGGCCUUCUAAAACACAUACAAUUUGAGACACUUGUAUCCAGUAUAAGUAAGCGUCCUGAUUUCUCAACUACUGGCCAAUGGGAUGUUGAAACUGAAAAGAACGGUAAAAAAGAGUCGGCUGUCUUUGAUGCUGUUAUGAUCUGUUCUGGACAUCAUGUAUACCCCAAUCUACCAAAAGACUCCUUUCCAGGUCUGGAGCACUUCGGGGGCCAGUGCUUCCACAGCAGGGAGUACAAGGACCCGGGCCUGUGGAGGGGGAAGCGAGUGCUGGUGAUUGGCCUGGGGAACUCAGGCUCUGACAUUGCCAUAGAGCUCAGUCGCAUGGCUGAAAAGGUCGUCAUCAGCUCCAGAAGUGGCUCCUGGGUGCUGAGCCGGGUCUGGGACGAUGGCUACCCCUGGGACAUGGUGUUCAUCACGCGCUUUCAGACGUUCCUCAAGAACAGCUUGCCCACAGCCAUCUCCGACUGGUGGUACAUGAAGCAGAUGAACUCAAAGUUCAAGCACGAGAACUACGGCUUGAUGCCUCUAAACGGAGCCCUGAGGAAAGAGCCCGUGUUCAAUGAUGACCUCCCCGCCCACAUCCUCUGCGGCAGGGUCUCCAUCAAGCCUAAUGUGAAAAAGUUCACAGAGACCUCGGCCAUUUUUGAGGAUGGGACGGUGUUUGAAGCCAUCGAUUGUGUCAUCUUCGCCACAGGCUAUAGUAAUGCCUACCCCUUCCUUGAUGACUCCAUCAUCAAAAGCAGGAACAACGAGGUCACCUUGUACAAAGGCAUCUUCCCCCCUCAGCUCGAGAAGUCGACCUUGGCUGUGAUUGGCCUUGUCCAGUCUCUGGGGGCUGCCAUCCCCACAACGGACCUGCAGGCCCGCUGGGCAACCCGAGUCAUAAAGGGAACUUGUAGUUUGCCUUCUAGGAAAGACAUGAUGAGUGACAUUGAUGAGAAAAUGGGGAAAAAGCUCAAAUGGUUUGGCAAAAGCGAGACCAUACAGACGGACUACAUUGUUUACAUGGACGAACUGGCCUCCUUCAUUGGGGUGAAGCCCAGCAUCCCGUGGCUGUUCCUCACGGAUCCCAGAUUGGCCGUGGAAGUUUUCUUCGGCCCCUGCAGCCCCUACCAGUUCAGGCUGGUGGGCCCAGGGAAGUGGCCAGGAGCCAGGAACGCCAUCCUGACCCAGUGGGACCGGACACUGAAGCCCACGAGGACGCGUGCAGUGGGGGAGAUGCAGAAGCCUAGCCUGCCCACCCAGCUCUUCAAGUUCCUGGCUCUUCCCCUUCUGCUCCUUGCUGUUUUCCUUGCGUGGGUCUAA